UUUGUGCUCUCGCCGCCUUUUGGCAGUAGCGGCGACGCGAGGGCUCCCGGCCGCCCGUGUUCGCUGGGAAUCCAGCUCGUCCAGGGCCGUGAUCGCCCCGUCCGCUGUGGCAGGAAAGCGGAUGCCGGAACCCACCACCGUACGCUGGCAGGAGGACCCGGAUCCGGAGGACGAAAACCUCUAUGAGAAGAACCCAGACUCCCACGGUUAUGACAAGGACCGUGUUGUGGACCUCUGGAACAUGCGGGUCGUCUUUUUCUUUGGCUUCUCCGUUGUCUUGGUCCUUGGCAGCACCUUUAUAGCUUAUCUGCCUGAUUACAGAAUGCAGGAGUGGGCCCGCCGAGAAGCUGAGAGGCUUGUUAAAUACCGAGAGGCCAAUGGCCUCCCCAUCAUGGAAUCCAACUGCUUUGACCCUAGCAAGAUCCAGCUGCUGGAGGAUGAGGAGUGACCCGUUGCCAAGCGGAGCCCAAGAAACAUCACCUUCUCCACCGCCUGCCUAUCAUUCUGCCCUUUCUUCAGAGCACCUAAUUAAAGGGACUAAAAGU